GGGCUGCCUCCUGUGCACUCUAUCCAAGGAAGGAAUGAGUGACAGAACAGCAUCAAGGCGUUGGGGGUAAGUACUUUGUUUUCCUUAAGGGAGCACAAUGUAAAAGGCUGCCAAGUUAAGGGCUCUUGCAUUUUAAUAUAAAUACAUGCUAUCUCAGAUAGACUCUGAAGGGUACCUCCUUAGUAUGUGAAUAGUUCUUCUAGAUCUGGGUGCCGGAAUAUUUGUUAGAGAUACAGAAAACAGGAAGCAGAAGAUGCUUUUAAGUAAAUCACAAUUAGAAGAAGAGAUCUGUGGAAACACAGAGAAAGUACCCUAUGGAAGCAAACCUAUCAGAGGUAUCUUUGCUCAGAAAAGUUACUCACCCAGGUGUUUAGUUGCCCCAAAAUAGAUUGAACUAGAUAAGCAAGCUUGGUUCUCAGUUAGAAAGUAAUGAGCCCAACUCAGUAAAACCCGUUCACAUCAACAAACCCUGCUUUGUUCUAAAGCAAAAGAAGCAAAACAAAUUGUGUUGGUAUCUCUCCAAAAAGUGGGAGCAUUUAAGGGAAAUGGGGGGCAAUAAAUAGGAACUAGAAAGGUAGCUGUUGAGAACACUUGUUACAUAGAGACAUGCCCUGCUUAGUAAUGUUGGGGUUCACAAGGAAACGAAACUGUCUGGCUCAGCCCUGGAGACAAAUCCUAGUAGGUUUCAAGGGAAAAUCUAAAAAGUAUAGUCCAAAAGAUGUUCAUUUGUUUGUGUGUGAUUUCUGUGGCUGGCACAGAUCAAAACCAUAAGAAACAACAAAGUUUCUUAGGCUAGAUCUCUAGGGAGGCAAGCAGGUGGAAGAAAAAGAAGGAAGCAAAGGAAACCUGGGGAAUUGGGGGAGGGAGAGAUUCACUGAGGUUUAGCCAGGGAGGUGGGCCCUUUCUUUAGGCACCUCCUCUCCCUUGUGUUUCUCAUGAGAUCCUUUUCUUUUGCUUAGCUAUAAAAGGAAAAAAAAAAAAAAAAAAAACUUCCUGCUCACCCUGCUUCCCUGACUUUCCCUUCUUUUCUCUCUCCUUUUUCCAACUUUUGACUCUCUCCUUUCUCCGUGCAAAGUUAAAGACCAACUAGGGCCUUUGCCCACUGUAAGUGUGGACCUCUGUGUAAACGUGAGAGCAUCAUGGUGGCAUUCAAAGGAGUUUGGACUCAGCCUUUCUGGAAAGCUGUGGCCGCUGAGUUUUUGGCAAUGCUUAUUUUUGUUCUCCUCAGCUUGGGUUCCACCAUCAACUGGGGUGGAACAGAGAAGCCUUUACCAGUAGACAUGGUCCUUAUUUCCCUCUGUUUUGGACUCAGCAUUGCAACCAUGGUCCAGUGCUUUGGACAUAUUAGUGGAGGCCAUAUCAAUCCCGCUGUGACUGUGGCCAUGGUCUGCACGAGGAAGAUCAGCCUUGCUAAAUCUGUCUUCUACAUUGCUGCUCAGUGCCUAGGUGCUAUCAUCGGGGCAGGGAUCCUCUACCUUGUCACACCUCCCAGUGUGGUGGGAGGCUUGGGAGUUACUACGGUGCAUGGAAAUCUUACAGCUGGUCAUGGGCUCCUAGUGGAGUUGAUAAUCACAUUUCAGUUGGUGUUUACUAUCUUUGCCAGCUGUGAUUCAAAACGAACUGAUGUCACUGGUUCAAUAGCUUUAGCAAUUGGAUUUUCUGUUGCAAUUGGACAUUUAUUUGCUAUCAAUUAUACUGGUGCCAGCAUGAACCCUGCCCGAUCUUUUGGACCUGCUGUUAUCAUGGGAAACUGGGAAAACCACUGGAUUUACUGGGUAGGACCAAUCAUUGGAGCUGUCCUUGCUGGUGGCCUUUACGAGUAUGUCUUUUGUCCUGAUGUAGAACUUAAACGCCGUUUUAGAGAGGCCUUCGGUAAGACUUCUCAGCAAACUAAAGGGACCUACAUGGAGGUGGAUGACAACAGAAGUCAGGUAGAAACCGAUGAUUUGAUCCUGAAACCUGGAUUAGUACACACAAUUGACAUUGAAAGGGGGGACGAAAAGAAGGGAAAAGAUCCAUCCAGUGAAGUGUUGUCUUCAGUAUGACUAUCAAGUGGCACUGAAAGCAGAGAAGACCCCUCAGAUUUCCUUCCACCCAUUAAAGAAACAGAUUUGUUAUAAAUCAGAUACA